UAUGUGUACAGCGUUUCGUAGCGACGUGGAGAAAAAGCGGCUUCUUGGCGGACGAGAUCCUGUUCCUUGCUUUCUGAAGAGAGGGUCGAACAGCGCGAGGACUAGCGUGUUUUAUUAAUUGAUUUUCGAACCCCAAGGCUUUCGCUUGUCUCUCGUCUUUCUGCCUAGGAGCUAAAACUGGAAGUUCUGUGGUUUGGAGUUGCAUUUGGCUGGUCACUUUCUUCGUUGCCCUCUGUGUUUUUCCGCACGCGAACCUUCUGUUUUCGCAGUGAAAAAAGCCUUUCUGUCCACCCGCGCUUGCAAGCUCCGCUUGCCUGUUUCAGCUGACUAUCUUUCCCGCGUACAAAAUAGCACUUUUCUCUGUGUGCGUCGUCUUCUUUUGCUUGUUGGUUUGCUGAGCAGAAGACGGAUUUGUGUCAAUACAACUGCUCACCCGUGCCCUCGUCUUUCCCUAGCCGCAGACAGAACAGGCCUUUCACAUCUGCUCAGUAUUUCGUUUGCACAUGAGGAAUUUGCGUUUUUCGAGUCUCAACUGUUGAUCGCCUCUGAGAAAACUUCCUGGUUUAGCGUCGCUCCUUCAACAAAGUCCGCCGCGACGAGGACGUCCACGGAGUUCUGAGAGCCUCACUUUCUUUUCCGUUUUCGCAGAACCCCUCGGCAGUCUUGACUUCUCUAUCUUUUUUACACAUUGUCGCCGCAGUCGGCGCGCGUCGACAAACUUUGCUUUGUUCCCAAACCGUUUCCAUCGAGAGCUUCGUAUCUGUUACUACCCCAGUCCGAGUCUCACCGGGCGAGAACUCCAGGGUGCGUUCAGGUGUCGCGCUUCACUGCGACAAGCCACUCUCAGCAUUACUCUUUCUGGAGCCCCCGCUGAGGAUUUGCGAACCUUCACGUUCCUGGUCAAAGUCUCGGACUGCUAAACUGUUUGUUGGGGUCUAUAGACACCUUCCGUCGUCUUCAGUUCUGUUCCCUUCCGUCUGCUCGCUCCCCAUCCUGUCGCCAAAAUGCACGACACGACGCUUCGCCGGGGUAUCUUCGUUACGAUUUUCCUCUUCGUCUUCUUGGGCGCCUUCGUGACGCUGGACGCCUACAGAUACAUGUGGAUCUUCCUUGCUGUCAUUUUUGGCGUCAUCGUCUUCACGGACUGCGUCUUCUUUAACGAGGGUGACUUCCUCUACGAUCCGUUUUAUAACAACUGGCUGGAAAAAACCUCUCCGCAAUACUAAAGUGAAGGGAACCAGCUCUGGCUCAAACGGAUAAGUCGGCCCCGGAGGAGAAGUGACGGCGUCACCGAUCGAUGGCUUUUCUUUAAUCGCGUUUUCCGGUCUUUCGUUUCUACGCUGGGAACGACAGCUGAAGACUGGAUCUAGCACUGCGAGCGUGAGUGAGGUACCUUAAGGAGGUAAAGUCUACACCGGGGAUUUUUACCUGUUGAAAUGGUAAACUUGUGCUAGUCAUUCGGUCCUUCGCGCUUUAGCUUCAGUUCAAGGAUGCCCGAUUCGGGGACGUGGAGGAGCAAGUCAAACUGGGGGUGACUUCGAGUUUGCAGACACCAGUUUUGGGGCUGACAUCGAGGAACUGCCCUGAAACGCAUCUGUGUGCGGUAAAUUUUUGCCGCGUGAAAAAGGGUGGAGACUCCGUCAAGUACAAUGCUACCGCGUAAGUUUCCUUUUGAAAGGGCGGGGGACUGGUGGCAGAUUUGCCUGAACCGGACACUACGUGCUCAAGAAGAGUUUGCGCCGAUGUGAAUCUCGUGCAUCUCUUGAUUCUCACUGAUCGACACUAAAAAACCGGUUGUUCCUGUGUGAACCAGGACAGCAGCUGGUUUUUUUCGAUUGGACCUCGAUCGCAGGUGGCUGAGUUCUUGGCAACCGAGUUUCAAGUCUGGACAGGGAACAGCUUUUUUGACGCGCCAGUCACGCCAUCAGUUUUUUCGCUCAUUUGAACAGCCGUAGUUUGCAGACGGAAUCAAAUCGUUAGGCCGCCACAUGCCACUCAUUUCGUUACGUAGCUCAUGAUGAACGUUUGCAGUUCGAAA